AUGAGCCGACCAUAUAAAACAAUUGAGCCCAGUGUCAUAGAUGAUAAAAUGCUUGAAGUGAUGGUGAAGAAACAGGGACCAUCAGGAAGAGCAGGACAGAUAGCCCAAUUGGAAGGAAUUGACUUCAAAGAUGUAGAUCAUCUUCAACUUGAUUACCAAAAUAUACUGAAGGUUGACAAUCUGUGGCAAUUCACAUCAUUGACUAAACUCCAGCUCGACAAUAAUGUAAUUGAAAAGAUUGAGGGACUGAACACUUUAGUCAACCUGAUAUGGCUAGAUUUAUCUUUUAACAAUAUCGAAAUGAUUGAAGGCCUGGAUGAACUGGUUAAGCUAGAAGACCUCAGUCUGUACAGCAACAGAAUUUCCAAAUUUGAAAACAUGGACUCAUUAGUAAACCUGCAAGUUUUCUCUAUUGGAAAAAAUCAUAUCAGUGACCUGGAAUCUAUUAUCUAUUUAAGAAGAUUUAAGAGGCUGCGGACACUGAAUCUUGCUGGAAAUCCUGUUAGUGAAGAUGAACGGUAUAGUAUGUACAUUCCUGCCUUUCUGCCUGAUCUGAUGUACCUGGACUUCAGAUUAAUAGAUAAGACUACAAAAGAACAGGCUUUACAAAUACAUUACGCCACUGUUGCGAAUUUGGUGCACAAAGAAGAUUUGGAAUUGAAAUCUCUUGAGAAGAUGAGGUUGGAAGAAGAAGAGCUGGCUUUACAUAAGCAGUUGAAUGAAUUGCAACACGCCACUGACAACUUGCUUAUGGAGAAUAAGAUCCAGAAGUUCAGGGUAACGAUUGAUAAACUGUGGAGCAGUCUGAUGAACCUAGAAAUGCAACUGGUUGACCAACUGGAGGAAGCAACCAGAGAAUUUGAACGAAAUAUUUCAGAAUUGGUUACAACUUACAUUGAAAAUGUACAGGCUUUAGUAGCCCAGUGCCGGGACCUGGAGAACCGUAACCAUGAGAACAUGUUAGAAAUUGCUAUGAGCAGUUACGACAAGAUGGGAAAGAGUGAAGGGGAUGAGGAAAUGCCAGAAGAACUCCGAGCUCUCUUUAUUGAUAAAGAUACAGUUAUCAAUACAGUUAAUGCAUCACAUGACUUGCAUCUGCUUAAGAUUGACAACCAAGAAGACAAAAUGGUUACAAAGGCAAAUGCCUGGGUCAGGGACAUGAUUGAGAAGCUGCACAUGGAUGAAGUAGCCCGCAAUCGUAAGCGAGUUCUGGAAAUUAACACUUAUGUCAAUCACUGGCGGGAUGAACUAGAUUUCCUUGAGCUUCAGGACGUGUAAAGUGAAGGAAGAGCAGUGUCUUCAUGAAUUGUUGGUGUGAGAGUUGUAUUCUUUCAACUUUCUAAGAUCACCUCAUAACAUCUUAACCAGGAAUAUUGUGACUUAAUGUUUGCACAGCUUGACUUCCAUUAUUGUCUGAUUAUUUGCAGCCAAUGUGGAGGGAGAUUAGAGAAUCUCUACUCCCCACUGAUGCAAAGCAGAUGCCUUGAAUUUACUGGAUUAUUUCCUGGAAAGCCAGGGCUGGGAAAUCUUUUUAGCAGCCUUUGAAACCUUUCAGCAAAAACACUUCAGAUCUACUGUACUGUUCAGCAAAAACACUUCAGAUCAAAAGAUUAGAUACUCCAACUCAUUCCUUGGUGUUCAUUUCCUUUUCUCUACCAUAGUGUAUUGUUUUUAAAAAUGCAGGUUUGGUGCUUUCCCAUUCACUACUUUUGUCUGAUUUUUCUCUCCUAGUUUUUACAGCCUUGAUGGAAGCUUGGAUUGGGAACUUUUCCUUUCACCUCUUUAUUUUAAAAAAAAUUUAGAAUUGACACUCAUAUUUUGUUCUAAAGGCAGCAGAAAGUUUUAUGUUACAAAGCUCAUCUGGUUUACUUCAAUUAGAACAUGAUAAAUAAACACUACAUUUUUCAAUAAAAACCAUCCUUUUAAAGAAAGUGUAGUUACUUUCCUUCUGUGACCUUAACUUAUUUUGCAAUAUUACCUAUGAUCAUUGACACUUGUUCAAAAAAUACAUUGUUUAAUUAAAUUUUAAAAGCAUGUUUGAAAAUGUCCUAUCACAGGCCUUCUUUAAAGGCAGCAAGUUCAAAGAUCAACCUACAUUUGUAGUGCCUUUCAUAUCAUCUCAGCUGUAGUACUUUUAAGUGUAAUCAUUACUGUAAUAUAUAACACAGCAGUUCUCAAGUAGCAAUGAAAUCUGCUGAAUGAGGAAUGAAAUAAUUGACCAGGACACAAGGGUAACUGUCCCUUUAGAAUUAGGAUCCCAUGACACUACUUCAAUCUGAAUGGAUGGGUGACAUCAGUUUGCCUAAAACAAUAUCCCAAAGCACAUAAAAAUUGGAGACCAGGUAACUGAUUCACCAUUUUCUCCUUGCUCUUCAGCCAUCUUUCUAAUGAAAGAUCAUCAACCUGAAGUGUUAAGUUUCUUUCCCACAGAUGCUACCUGACCUGCUGAUUGGUAUAAAAACAAAACAAAAACACAGAAUGGUGGAUGGUUGA